UCUCAAGGAGAAGGGACACUUCUUUGAGGACAGCAAUGUUCACAUCAGAUGGUUUGCAAGAGGAGUGAAAGAAGCCAUCGAUGUCAAACUGGACCGACCAUUGUUAACCACAGCAGACUUUUCAGAUCCUUUCAAUUAAAGACUUCCUCCUCCUGCAGAUCCCCUUGCAGACCCUAUGCACACUGUGUGGAGUGAUGACUAGCGUGUGCACCCCCCAUCCUGCCACCACCACACACCAACACAAUAUACAGCAGCUGAUUGUGUGUCAGUGAAUGACAUGCACUUUAAAGUACUGGUUCUAAGGUGGAGCAGGUGGAGGAGAAGCAAAAUUCUGCAGAACAGCCAAUGCUGACGCACCUGUCCAGGACCGACCCUCCCACCUCCUCUCUGUGUCACUCCUGAGGGAAAGAUCUCUGUCCUGUCCCAGUCCGGACCUCCAAGCCACAGGGAGAAUGGGCAACAUGGCAACAGAGAUCGUUGCAUUUAUUCUGACCAUCUCAGGGUGGAUCCUGGUGUCGUCCACUCUGCCUACAGACUACUGGAAGGUGUCCUCUGUAGACGGGACGGUCAUCACCACAGCGACCUUCUGGUCCAACCUAUGGAAAACGUGUGUGACUGAUUCCACCGGUGUGUCCAACUGCAAGGACUUUCCCUCGAUGCUGGCUCUGGAUGCCUAUAUCCAGGUGUGUCGGGGUCUGAUGAUCGCCUCCGUUUGUCUGGGGUUCUUUGGUGCCAUCUUGGCCUUGGUAGGAAUGAAGUGCACGAAAAUAGGAGGCUCGGAGACCACCAAGGCUCGUCUGACCGUCCUCUCAGGCUUCCACUUCAUCCUCAGCGGCCUCUGCUGCAUGACUGCAUGUUCUAUAUAUGCUCACAGGAUCACAACUGACUUCUUUGACCCCCUCUUUGUUGCCCAAAAGUUUGAGCUGGGAGCAGCUCUCUUCAUCGGCUGGGCUGGAUCGGUGCUGUGUAUCCUCGGAGGACUUGUCUUCUGUCUCUCCUUGUCUGAAGGCUUCAGUCUCAGAGCUGAAUACUCCUACUCCGCAGCUGCAUCACUUGCUACAGCACGCAACAAGCACAGCAAGAUCGUCAGCCUCCAGAAGGAACCAGGAGAGCCGCCGAGGCAGUUUGGAAGAAACGCCUAUGUGUGACAUUGGACUCUAUCUUGUUGUUUCAUGAGCUGAUUGGGGAAACUUUUAACAGUUUGCUGUCACCAGUAAAAGCAGAGGACACCUUUCACUGUUAUGAACUUUGUACCCCAGCUGCAUUAAAAAAUGAUGGCUGGAAAGUGUAAGUUGUGUCAGUUUACAUAAUACACUGAGUUUAAGUGGCCAGAUACAUCUUUAAAAAUGGCUACGUCUUGGGGGGCGCUUCUGUCAAUGAAAAGUAAAAGAUAAGCUUGUUUUUCUUUUAGGGCAGGAAAUUUGAUUUGGCACAAAACACUGGUCAGACUCUCCGGUCACCUUCAACAAGCCAGCCUUUCCUGCCCGUCUCACACAGACUGGAGACUGUCUGUUUUAUAGUUGUUGAGUCAAAGGCCAAUCAGACAGCAAUAUCUAAAGGAAACAGAUUUGUUGGGGUUUUUUUUCAUUCUAAGCAGUUCUGUUUUCAUAGACCACUAGAUGAUAAGCCAACUGUUUUGGAAGCAACAAAAGUCUGUAACUGUGGUUAAAUGCUAUUUUCAGGUGACUAAAAGUAACAAAAAAAUAAACAAGUAGAUUUAAAAUCUCCCAUGAUGUUAAUUUUCUCCUGUUGCUCCUUCAGUUGAAAGCUGCAUCAGUUAAUAUUUCUCAAGCAGAGAGAUGAAUGUCAUGAGGGCCUCUCUCCUUUUCUUGGCCUGGACUGAUCUCCCCUCCGAGGGUCACUGGGUCACAUCUGACCCCAGAGAUGACUAUGCAGAGCUGGAGGCCCGACCGGAGACUUCCCCUCAUAUCAGCCAUCCAUCUCCACCUAGGAAUUAUUAUCAAUAGGAACCCCAGGCUAUGUUACGCAAAACCUCCUGGCCCACAGGUUGGAUACUUGAACCAGCUGGCAGAGAGCGGUUGCCCUGUGCUUUCUGGCGCCUUGUAUCCGUAAACAAGUGUCAGGUGUCCUGGGCUCUGCAGAACGCGCUCUGAUAUAAUGGUGGUAUUGUGCUGUCUAAUGUCUGCAUUUGCAUUUGUUAAAACUGCACAUGAGAUGAACUGCCUCUAGCUUUUUAAAUGACUUCCUCCUCACAGACACUUUAAAAGUUAGAUAUCCAUUUAUAGUCAUUUUGAAAUUGCCUCUGGUAUGUCUAUGGUGUAUUCUGAG